GAUAUUUUAAUCAGUGUUAAAACAUUAUAAAGUGCACCAAUAUCAAUGAAGACUGUCCAAAGAAAUUAUAGUUACAAACUUAAUUGUGUUGUGUCAACGCCCGCAUAGGAUUCAUACCGAGUUCCUAAUUUAUAGCCCCAAGAUGAACCGCGGGCGAGCGGAGCCGACGCCGCCCGAGUGCGCGCUCGCGGCCGAAAUGCUCAACCACUUCUGCGCAGCCGGCACCAUGAAACAGAUCCUCGCGCUGCACAGGGAGAUGUGCAAUACCCUCGGCCUCAAGCCCAACAGACUGCCGGACUUCUACCCCAAACUCAAGACAAAACUCAGCAGCUCAUGGAAAGCUCAAGCCUUAUUCAAGAAGUUCGACGCGAGGGCCAACCACAAGGUGUACGGCAAGGGCCGGAUAUGUGCACAGAACAAGGUUCUGAUCAUCGGCGCUGGGCCGUGUGGGCUGCGUGCCGCCGUCGAGUGUCAGCUGCUGGGGGCUAAAGUGGUGGUAAUCGAGAAACGGGACCGCAUGUCCCGCAACAACGUGCUCCACUUAUGGCCGUUCGUGAUCCACGACCUGCGCGCGCUGGCCGCCAAGAAGUUCUUCGGCAAGUUCUGCGCCGGCGCCAUCGACCACAUCAGCAUCCGCCAGCUGCAGUGCAUCCUGCUCAAGGUGGCGCUGUUGCUCGGCGUGGAGAUCCACGAGGGAGUUAGUUUCGAAGGCCUACUCGAGCCUACAGUUACAGAGAAUUCUGAAACGCUAGGCUGGCGGGCGCGCGUCACCCCGCUCACCCACCCGGUAGCACAGUACGAGUUCGACGUGCUCCUCGGCGCCGACGGCAAACGGAACACGCUGCACGGCUUCAAACGCAAGGAGUUCCGGGGGAAACUCGCUAUGGCCAUCACUGCCAACUUUAUUAAUAGGCACAGCGAGCAGGAGGCUUCGGUUCCCGAAAUAAGCGGCGUAGCGUUCAUAUUCAACCAGAAAUUCUUCAAAGAGCUGUAUGAGGUGACGGGCAUUGACCUCGAGAACAUCGUGUAUUACAAGGACGACACGCAUUACUUCGUCAUGACGGCCAAGAAACCGAGUCUUUUGGAUAAGGGGGUGCUGCUUAAUGAUUACGCAGAAGUAUCCCGCCUCCUCUCCUUCGAGAAUGUGGACCGAGCGGCCCUCAUGCGAUACGCCCAAGAAGCGGCCCGCUUCUCGACCGAGGGCCGCUUGCCGCUCUCAGAGUUCGCGCUCAACCACUACGGGGAGCCAGAUGUCGCUCUGUUUGACUUCACGUCGAUGUAUGCCGCUGAGAACGCUAGCAUGGUGUACGAGCGUCGCGGGCGCCGCCUGCUCUGCCAGCUGGUCGGCGACAGCCUGCUGGAGCCGUUCUGGCCGACCGGGUCGGGCUGCGCGCGCGGCUUCCUGUCCGCGCUGGACGCCGCGUGGGCCGUGCGCGCCUGGAGCGGCCCGCAGCACCCGCUGCACGUGGUGGCGGAGCGCGAGUCCGUCUACAGGCUGCUGGCUCAAACGACCCCGGAGAACCUUCACCGUGACUUCGGAGCGUACACCCUCGACCCGGGCACCCGGUACCGGAACUUAAACCGGACGGCCGUCGCCGCGCCGAGAGUCACCGGUUUCUACGACUCGGAUGAGCCUUUACCACUCGAUGCGGGCACUGCUCUGCGGAAGAGACGACGCGAAGCGGACGUGUCCGACGAAGUACUUCUCACCUGGGCAGAGGUGACCGAGGGCGGGCUGCGGGCGGCGUGCGGGCCGGGCCCGCUGCUCGCGCUGCUGGCCCGCUACCGGCCCGACCUGCUCGCCGACGAGACGCCCCCUCACGUGGUCUUACAACAAGAAUUCGGUAUCGCGCCGUUCUCCUCAACGGGCUCAACGCGAGACGUAGCCGAAACAAAGCUGCGCUCCUACCUCAUGAGAGUGUACCACGCGUUCAAGGGCGAGGUGCCCCACGUGCACCACAAGAGCGACGAGUUCGGACAGAUCAAAAUCAGCCAGCAGAACGAGAAACACGCGCGAACAGCGAACGACGCCAUAUCUGUGUACUCGAACGCAGCGGAGGCGGACAAGUCCCACUCGUCGUGCCGGCGCAAGCGGCGCGCGCUCCGCACCCCGCAAGUAAGUACCCGCGACCCCGCCGACGCCGACGCGCUGCGCGCGCAGCUCGCCCGUCUGCGCCUGGACGACCUCGCUCGCCUGCUCGACCACCACGACGACCUUCAACUACAACAGAACAAGCAGAGAGACCUCCAAGAGCAAAUACUAGCCCUACUCGACCUUGAGGACUCCCCAGACCCAACACUAGUCAGGGAAACCCUUCAAAAACUACUCGGAAACACUAAUACUAAAGUUAGAGAUCAAAAUGUGGCUAACUAUUUUAAAGAAGACAAAAAACCCGUCAAACCACCGCGUAGACUUAAAGGCUUAGACGCCUCCACAGUCAAAGUUGUAGAUUUAUCCGAUUUAGAAACAGAUGUUACUCUAGUUAAUGACUUUAAAGAGAAACCCAAAUUAGCUAAACUACGACAAGAAAGGUUUGUAAAAUCAGCGUCGAUAGAUACACCCAAAGUUGAAACUAAGAAGUUCACGCGAUCGUAUUCAACAGAUGCUUCUAGAAGUUUAAAGCAGAGAUCCAACUCUAUAGAUUCACCGGAAACUCUUAAGAACACUAAACGUAUAGCACAGAUAUUCGAAGGACGCUCUAGGAGGAACACACCAAGCCCAGAAGCUAGAACUAAACGCUCUAGUUCUAUAACUACUCCUGAGAUGGUACUCCGAUGUCAACGCAUGGCUAACAUAAUUGAAGGAAAACAGGUCUAUAACCCAGAGCGUUUGAAAUUGGAGUCUAUAGGAGAUUACGAAAUGGCCGCGAGAAGGCAAAGAGUACACGAUUUGAUACACGGAAAACCUAAAGAGAGUGAAAACGAAGAUUAUAUCAAAAAGUCAUCAGAAAUGCAAGCUUUCCGUAUGCAACGCGUGUCAGACAUGAUGCAAAAGCGAGCUGAGAAGAAGAAGAAUUGUGGUAGAAGGAAAGCAGCGCGCGUUAUAAUGAAGCAACGCUUCGAGAAGAGUCUGCAGAUGUUAGCGGCGGAGCCUAAGCUGGAGUUCGCGGGGGCGGACCUGGAGAACGACUACGGGCUGCAGCAGUACCGGGCGAGCGCGCCGCACUUCGACGACCGCGUCAAGACGCUGGAGAAGCAACUGCAACAUUACGAGGAGGGUCGCAUCGUGGGCGGUGGCGGCCGCACGGCGGGCAGCGGAGCGCGGGUGGCUAGGCUAGCGGCCGAGUUGUCUGGCACGGCGCCUGUGGCCGCGCCUAAGGCAUCCAAGCCCAAGGACCUCAUGAGAUCCGUCGGCAAGAUAGAGCGAGACGACUGGAAUGUUCGUGAGAUAGAGCGCAAGAUACUGGAGAACAAACUCGGCCGGCCGGAGCCGAGGGCAGCCGAACGCGUGCCGAAGUGGGACCGAGAACAGUUCUUAGGCCGCCAGAAACGUCUGAAGGAGGGUGACAAUGAAGAGAAGUGGGGUGAGAUAGACGAGACUCUGCAAAAGUUAGACCAGAAACUCAAAGAUUCUGGCCGCCCCGACCACGGCACUAAGAAGGUUGCCAACUUAGCUACCAAAUUUGUUAAAAAGGAAGAACCAGAUGCCAAAAUACAACCCAAAGAAGAGAAGAAAAGUUGGCGCGGGCCGUCGUCCGCGGGCGUGCAGUGCGCGGCGUGCGGCACGCGCGUGUUCGCGGCCGAGCGCGUGACUGCAGACGGGCUGCAACUGCACCGCGCCUGCUUCCGCUGCGCCGUGUGCAAGGCAGUGCUGCGGCCCGGGUGAGUGUCACAGACAGUGGCGUGUAGUGCCGUGUGCAAGACGGUUGACUGAGUACAGCGGUACAGCGGGGAGAGUGGUGAGUAGUCUCGGCGCGUGUUCGCGGCCGAGCUCGUGACUGCAGACGGGCUGCAACUGCACCGCGCCUGCU